GCUCCCUUCAAGUGCUGGAAGGCCACAAUGAGGUCUCCCCAGAGCCUUCUCUUCUCCAAACUAAACAAACCCAGUUCCCCCAACCUUUCUUGAUAGUAGGAGGGAGCAGCUGUUCUGUUGGCUCUGGAGGUUCUGGGUGGUGCCAGCUUGCAGGAAGCUCCCAAAGGCCCCAAGAGGGGCAGCAGGGUGCCAAGAAGGGAAGCAACUUGGGCUCGAGUUGAAGUUGGAGUGUGAUUGUAUCCCCCGUGAGUAGAGAUAAGGGGGCAAAACACAGUAUGAUGCUAUAGGGGGGUGUUCCCAUUCUCCAUGCUGUGUCUUUAUAAUGGAGGCAUCAAGAGAAGGCUCGGGUGGGAACUCAACCCUUUACUCCCCUUUCUCCAAAGAGGUUUUUUUGAUGACUUUAAGGAUGAAAGCCGUGGGACAGGGGAUGUGAUGCCAUCAUCCCCACGUGCCCGGUGAGGUUGAUGCUGCUGGUUGAGUGUUGCAAUCCUGCACUGGUGGUAAUGCCAUCGUAUCUUUGUCACCCGCAGCGUGGCCGCGAUGGCGAGCGUGCUGUCCAGGCGCCUGGGGAAGCGCUCCCUGCUCGGCACCCGUGUCUCUGCCCCCGGUGCUUUGGCUGACGGGGUCCUGGCAGCUCCCCAGAUCCACGCCGUGCUGCCAGACGACGUGUCCUGCACGCAGCCUGCAGAGGAAAGCGGCCUGGCACCGAGAUUUCCCAGCCCCAGCCGCCGGCAACAAGUUCUUGUCACCUACAGCGGGCAGGAGUGCACAGGGCUGGUGGAGCAGCACAACCCACCCAGCGACAAAGUGAAGGUGCUGCAGCCAGAGCAGGGCUUGCAUACGUGCUGGAGGCUGCAGGAUGUGCCUGAGGCACUGCAGAGAUCUGUGUCCAACAGCAUUGACGUCCCCAAGAGGAAAGCUGAUGCAGCUGUGGAGAUGGACGAGAUGGUUGCAGCCAUGGUGCUGACAAGCCUCUCCUGCAGUCCUGUGGUGCAGAGCCCUCCUGCCAGCGAGAGUGGCAUCCCCCCAUCACGGGCAGCGUGCGAUCCCUGGAAGGAGAGCGGUGACGUCUCAGACAGCGGCAGCAGCACCACCAGCGGGCACUGGAGUGGGGGCAGCGACAUCUCCACCCCAUCUCCCCCACAUCCUGAGGGCAGCCCCAAGCACUCCAGCGAGGCACUCAGCUCCCCACCAGCUGAUGAUGGCUUCGAGACCGACUCCGAUCCCUUUCUCCUCGACGAACCUGCUCCGCGGAAGAGAAAGAACUCAGUGAAGGUGAUGUACAAGUGCCUGUGGCCAAACUGUGGCAAAGUCCUGCGCUCCAUCGUUGGCAUCAAGCGGCACGUCAAGACCCAGCACCUCGGAGACAGCGCUGACUGUGACCAGCGGAAGCGGGAAGAGGAUUUCUACUACACUGAAGUGCAGGUGAAGGAGGAGCCCGCACCAGAGGCAACCACCAACACCAGCCCCACAUCGGUGUCUGCCCCGAUCAUCAUUCAGCAAGCCCUGGCCAAGCCAGAGGCUUUGCUGGUGGAGCCGCCGAUGCUGGAACCUGCUCUGGCCAGCAGCUCACUCAGUCAGUCUGCACCCAGUUCAUUUUGGCACAUCCAGGCUGAUCACGCCUACCAGGCGUUGCCCUCCAUCCAGAUUCCAGUGUCCCCACACAUCUUCACCAGCAUCAGCUGGGCCACUGCCACCUCGACUCUCCCAUCCCUGUCACCGGUGCGGAGCCGGUCGCUCAGCUUCAGUGAACCCCAACCUCCCACGCCGAUGCUCAAGUCCCACCUGAUCGUCGCCUCGCCGCCCCGCGUGCCUCUUGGCACCAGGAAAGUUCGUGGUGAAGCCAAGAAGUGCCGUAAGGUGUACGGCAUCGAGCACCGGGACCAGUGGUGCACAGCUUGCCGGUGGAAAAAAGCCUGCCAACGCUUCCUGGACUGAGCAUGGCCCUGCAGUGCCACCUCCCUCCCUGCUCCUGCCCAAAGGAGCACUGGAGUCCCUCACUGCUGCACCCAGGGACCUUGGAGGCACCUCCUGAGACUCCAGAAAAGCCCUCCAGAGCUGCGUGUAAAUUCCUCCUCCUGUAUAUUGUACAUCAGCUGGGUUUGCUCUUUUUGUUUUGUUUUGGUUUGUUUUUUAACACUUUUUUUUUCCCAAAUCUGUUUUUGUAAAACGCGAAGAACAUCUCCCAUUCGUACAGUUUAAAAACUGGGGCUGGGAGGAGGAAGCCAUGGCUCAGCACUCGGGGGACGUUGCAGGUGAUCUGGGGACCAAAGAGCUCCCUGCAUUGCCCAGGUCAACGCUAGGAUCUCCCGAGCUGCUGCAGUGCAGCCAGGGCGAGGCAUAGAGGCAGCUUCCCCUGUCCUUUCACUGUCUAUGAAGUGCAAAUCGCUCGUGUCCUGAAGCAUCAAAAACUAUUGCAGCUUUAAAAGCACGAGGCAGGGCUGGUUUUUGGGGUGGCUCUCCUCGUUGCCUCAUGGAUGUGCUCUUUGCUCGCACUGCAGCUGGAGCCUGCACGUGUCUCUGCUUCAGUUUGUCCGUUUUGGAGGCAUCUGGGGGAAAAGCCUCUUUAAUCAGGAAAGCUUUGAGAGCUUUUAAAGCAAAAGCAGGUAUUCCUUCUCCUUUUGGGCUUUGUACAUCUGCACAGUUCCAUGAAAAACUGUCGUGACCCUCGCUGUGUCUUUCAAAAGCAGGCUGAGAGCAAGUGCUUGUUUGUUCGUUUUUAAACAAAGAAAUCUUCCUGAUUUCACCAGCAAAGGCAGCUGGCAAGCUGGGAGGACUGGGAAGAGCUUUCCUUCAGCAUCACGGUGUGGCCCCAGUUUGGCAAAUGAACUUAAAAUUUGCUUUUGCACCCCAUUGGCAGCAGGCAAGUCUGUGUCCUGGAUGUUUUUUCUUCUUUUUUUGCUGCAUUUUUGAUAGUCAGCCCAUAAGGCACAGCCAAGAGUGAUCCCUGCACAAGGCUCGAGCCUGGGCUGAUGUUCAGGACCGUGCGGUGUGACAAAAACUCCCUUCAAAAAGCAAAUUCUGUGGCUGGGAGAGCAUCGUUUUGCUGCUGGAUGGACGCACGCCCUGUUGGUGCUCUGGCAUAGAUGUAUACGUGUAAUACUGGUGCUUGUCAACCUCUUUUUGUAAUUUUGUAUAUCUAAACAGUAUCUCGUUCCAGAACCUGAUCUUUGGUACCAAAUGGGCGGAUUCAGGAUCAGGAAGCAGGAGCAAAACUCCCCCAGGAUGCAUCCCAAGUGUGUCUGUGCAGGUCUGAUUCAAAGCCCGUGUUUUUUCCUGGAGAGCAGCUGGCUCAGGAUCACAUCCCUGCUGGGGCUGCCGUGCUGGGAAAGCCUUUUCCUCUCCCACUGCCAUCAGCCAUCCCCACAGCUGUCUAUUGCAGGAACAGCUCUGCAGGUUCACGCUCUGCAUCCUGGUAGCAGUGGGUUGCGUGCUGGGAUUAUUGCACCGCUCAAAAGUAGGAAUUUAUUCUUGAUUUUUAUUUUUUAUUUAGGGGAAAAAAAA